UCCAUUGGGUCACGAACCAUGUGCUUCUUUUGGUACCCUCUUUGGCCCCAAGACUUGAAGUGCAAGUGCCACUUACUCCAGCUCAGAAGCAACUCCCAUCUUCCUCCCUCUUAAUUUCCCUCGCUCAUAUUUCUUUCAAUGCAAAUGAGCAAAUCAAUGAUAGUCCUUUAAACCCUGAAGCUCUGACAUUUCUUUACUGCUGCUGCUACCUCUUCUUCUUCUUCUGAUCGUUGUUGGCUUAUUAAUGGGUAUGGGAACAAGCACCUUUGUUAUCAGAUGGAUCAACUUUCUCACCAUGCUAUUAGCAAUUGCUGUGGUACUUUUCGGAGUAUGGAUGAGCACUCAUCAUGAUGGCUGUCGGAAAUCCCUCACCAUCCCUGUUUUAGCCAUUGGUGCUGUCAUUUUUUUGGUAUCUAUAAUCGGGUUCUUGGGCGCGCUGAAAAGAAGCUCCAUACUGUUAUGGAUUUAUCUGAUUCUGCUGUGCAUCAUCUUGGUGGGAAUCCUGGUGUUCACAGUAUUAGCGUUCAUUGUCACAAAUAAUGGUUCUGGUCAUAGUGUUGCAGACUUGAGGUUCAAGGAGUAUCAACUCCAGGAUUACAGUUCAUGGUUUCUAAAAGAAUUGAACAAUACCCAUAACUGGAAGCACCUAAAAGGCUGUCUUGUAAAAUCCAAUGAUUGCAAUAACCUGUCAAAGAAGUAUAAGACUCUCACGAAAUACAAAUCGGGUAAGCUGACCCCUAUUGAGGCUGGUUGCUGUCGACCACCAUCUGAAUGCGGUUAUCCUGCUGUUAAUGCCUCAUACUAUGACUUGAGCUUUCAUCCAGUCAGUUCAAACAAGGACUGCAAACUUUACAAAAAUGCUCGGGACACCAAGUGCUAUAAUUGUGAUUCCUGCAAGGCUGGAGUUGCACAAUACAUGAAAACUGAGUGGAGAGUGGUUGCGAUUUUCAAUGUUGCUCUAUUUGUUGUAUUGUCUCUGAUAUACUUUGUGGGCUGUUGUGCGAGACGAAAUGCUGCAAGAGACCGUUCCAAGACAUAAAAAGUGGAGAUCAACUUUCAGAAGUCCUCUUAGAAAAGAAAUAGUGUCCCUGAAGAUCCACUAAGCUGUGAGUGAUUUUCUCCCAUUUCCUUUUCAUCUAACGAUGAGAUGUUCAGUAAUGCAAUGGGUUAGACCUUCUAGCUAGAGGUUCUCUGUGCCGAAAGUUCUUCAGAACAUGUUCU